GGAUCUCUCUAGUCCCCCCCAUCAUGUUCAGGACACCCUACAGUUCCCUUCCUUCUUGUGUCCAUUCCUCAUCUAAAGUAAGGUCAACGUCAAGGCUUUUUAGCUCUUCAGCCAUUAGGAGCAAACAACGUCUGGUCAUCCUUGGUUCUGGAUGGGGAGGCUAUGAAGUUUUGAGAGGCGUGGACAAGAAACGAUGGAAUGUCACCAUGCUGUCCCCGACCAAUGCUUUCAACUUCACUCCUCUACUUGCAAGUUGUGCAGUUGGUACCCUUGAAUUUCGUUGUGCCAUAGAACCAGUUCGGAAGUUUUCUCCACAAGUGGCUGCCUACCAGGCUUGGUGCGAUGCAAUUGAUUUCGAACAAAAGACCCUGAAAUGCAUGCCCGCCACCCCUCCGUUGUCCUUUGAGAAGUCAUCAGCACCGAUGGUGGGCAACACAACUACCGAAACGCAGUUUCCUGGCACUGGCACGCCAUUCACUCUGCGCUACGAUAAACUCGUGAUUUCAGUAGGGGCUUAUUCUCAAACUUUCAACGUUCCAGGGGUCAAGGAGUAUGCUCAUUUCCUGAAGGAUGUUAGGGACGCUCGAUCCAUUCGGACACGAAUUAUUGAGUGUUUCGAGCAAGCAAACCAACCUAUCAUAUCCGACGUUGAGCGCCGCCGCCUACUAAAUUUCUGCAUCGUUGGGGGCGGUCCCACCGGUGUUGAAUUUGCAGCAGAGCUACACGACUUGCUCCACGCAGAAAUAGAAAAACACUAUCCUUCACUGGCUCGAAUGGCGAAAAUCACGCUGUAUGACGUGGCUCCGAAUAUCCUCGGCAACUUUGACAAGUCGUUAGGAGUCUAUGCUGUAGACAAAUUCCAGAGAGAUGGUAUCAGUAUUAAGACAAGGCACCACGUUGAACGUGUUGAAAAGGACAAAAUGUUCGUAAAGGAGCAAGGAGAAGUCCCCUUCGGCCUUUUGGUUUGGAGCACCGGUUUAGCCCCUAACCCACUUAUCCAAUCGAUCAAAGAAGUUUCGAAGGACGAGAAAACCCAAAGCCUUCUCACCGAUGAACAGCUGAAUGUCAUCAAGCAGGAUGGUACGCCAGACCCUAACGUAUGGGCUAUCGGUGAUGCUUCGGUCAUACCAAACGCUCGUCUACCUGCAACUGCUCAAGUUGCUAACCAGAAAGCAAAGUAUCUCGUCAAGAAGCUAAACAAGAUUGUGAAAGACCAAGAACAUACGAAGCCAUUCGAGUUCCUUGAUCUGGGGAGUAUGGCGUACUUAGGAGACUGGAAAGCUAUCUAUGAUAGGUCAGGUGCUGAUACAGGGAUCAAGACGAAAGAAUCGGGGCGACUAGCUUGGCUCCUAUGGCGCUCGGCAUACUUCACGAUGACCUUGAGCCUGAGAAAUAAGAUCUUGGUACCAAUGCACAGGUUCAUGAACUGGAUUUUUGGCCGUGAUUUGACGCGCUUCUAAGCGCAUCGACUUAUCAUACCAUCAAGAGCAUUAAUUUAGGUAAAAUACGCAAGACACUACUCCCAAGGGAACUAAAUAAAUCCAAUUUUUAGAUAACGACACAAUCAUUAUAGACAGCAUAAGUCUCAUUUUCCGAGAUAUAGAGUAGCAUAACCUCCCCACUAUGUAGUAUAUUCAGUCCGUAGUCAGUUCUGAUGAUACAAGUACAACAAUACAACAAUCGCCGUAAUAUAACAGAUUUCAAGAUUUUGGCAGACAUUGAUCUUCUUUUCCCCUUUUCUUCUACGAUUCCGGUGUCGACGCUUCGGUAAUUAAUUAGCGGAUGGCACAGGUUUCCUAUGCACUCUGAUCUUUGCCUGGGGCAGUUGUUGAAAU